UGACUUGUCGUGCCUGCCAUGUGGAGCUCUACUCUGACUUCCGGUUAGACAUGGCGGCCUCCAUGGCAGGGCGAGUGCUGGGACAUUUCACCGCAAAAAACACCCUCCUCGGACGAAAUAAGGGUGCCCAGGUGACCACAAGACGAUGGCUGAAUCUGCAGGAAUACCAGAGCAAAAAACUGAUGGCGGAUCAUGGCGUAACAGUACAGAGGUUCUUUGUCGCUGACAAUGCCACUGAAGCCCUUGAGGCAGCCAAGAGACUAAAGGCCCGAGAAAUAGUUUUAAAAGCCCAGAUCUUGGCUGGAGGGAGAGGUAAAGGUGUGUUUGACAGCGGACUGAAAGGUGGAGUCCAUUUAACUACCGACCCUAACAAAGUAGAAGUUCUUACAAAGCAGAUGAUUGGAUACCACCUUUCCACAAAACAAACCUCUGAGGGCGGUGUCAAAGUUCAUAAGGUGAUGGUGGCGGAGGCCCUGGAUAUCUCAAGAGAAACUUAUUUAGCAAUUCUAAUGGACCGUGCAUGCAAUGGACCCGUGCUUGUGGGCAGCCCUCAAGGUGGAGUUGACAUUGAAGAAGUAGCUGAGAAAACGCCAGAGCUUAUCUUUAAGGAAGAAAUAGAUAUAUUUGAAGGUAUAAAGGACAGCCAGGCCCUGCGGAUGGCCGACAAUUUGGGAUUCAAGGGACCUUUAAGGCAACAGGCCGCCGACCAGAUCAAGAGACUGUACGAGCUUUUCCUGAAAGUCGACGCUACGCAGGUCGAAGUCAAUCCCUUCGGUGAAACUCCGGAAGGACAGGUCGUGUGCUUUGAUGCUAAAAUUAACUUUGACGACAAUGCCGAGUUCAGACAAAAGGAGAUAUUUGCAAUGGAUGACACAUCGGAAACCGAUCCCAUUGAGAGCGAGGCCGCAAAGUACGACUUGAAAUACAUCGGUAUGGAUGGGAACAUUGCUUGUUUUGUGAACGGGGCCGGUCUUGCCAUGGCUACCUGUGACAUCAUUGACCUCCACGGGGGAAAACCUGCAAACUUCCUCGAUCUUGGAGGUGGUGUGAAGGAGUCUCAGGUCUAUCAGGCCUUCAAGCUGCUCACUGCAGACCCCAAGGUUGAAGCGAUCCUUAUAAACAUUUUUGGAGGAAUAGUAAACUGUGCCAUCAUCGCCAACGGGAUAACGAAGGCCUGCCGGGAGCUGGACCUCAAAGUGCCUCUGGUGGUCAGGCUGGAAGGAACAAAUGUAAAUGAGGCCAAAAGAAUCCUGAAAGAGAGCGGGCUGCCCAUCACCUCCGCCAGUGACCUGGAUGAUGCCGCCAGAAAGGCCGUCACUAGCAUCGGCAAGAAGUAAAGCCUGUGCGCCAACACGCAGAAACCUCUAACGAUGAAUGUAUCGGAAGCAAGGAAACCCCAUCAGUCCAGAUGACCUGUAAUUAGAUUAAUGUGUCGUAAUCUGCAGAAAUCCUAAUCCGUCACUGAUUUUGUACCAGUAUUUUCCACUGUAAUGAAGUAGCGUGGAGCCGGCGGUGAUACGUGGACUGUGGAUUUUAUACGGAUCACAACUGUUAUACAUCCGUGUACUGUACUAGAGCUUUAUUUUUCUUACAGAACAUGAAUCAAUAAAGAUUUCUAGGUCUGACUGUGACAGAUUA